CUCUAUUAAAACCCCCCCUUACCUACACCUCUCCCUCCUUCAACCCUCUCAUUCCAUCUCCAACCACACAACACACCACAACAUUAAUACUUCAUUUCUCUUCACCACAACAACAUACACAGUUGAUAUCAUUCUCCAAGUUGAUAACAUUCUCGAAAAAUGAAGGAUCGUGUGUGCGAGCUCUGCAACCACCACGCCUCCCUCUACUGCCCCUCCGACUCCGCCUUCCUCUGCUUCCGCUGCGACUCUAGGGUUCACGGCGCCAACUUUCUCGUCGCUCGCCACGUCCGCCAGCGGCUCUGCUCCAAUUGCAAAGCCCUCGCCGGAGACCCGAUCUCCGGCGACGGCGUCCCCAAUGCUCACUGGCUCUGCUCAUCCUGCUCGCCGGAGUAUUUCUCCGGAGGCGAGGAUUCGUUUUCGUCGUCGUCGUCGAGCUCGGCGUGCGUCUCCAGCACCGAAUCAUUGCCCGGGACGGCGACGACGACGACUAAAAAGGUUUGUCUGCAGAGAUCGGGGAGCUCUGUAACGGGUGUUUCCGGCAAGUAUUUGUACGUUCCGGCUAGAUUCUCCUGUAGGUUUACGAAGAGGAGGGUGCAGAGAGGGCGAGCUGCGUCGACGAGUGCGGACGCCAGAGCGGAGGGUACUUUCGUAAAUUGGUGCAAGAGGCUGGGGAUGAGUGGUGAUUCGGCGGUGGCGGUGUCGUUGGCUUUGCAUGCUUUGGGCUUUUGUCUGGGCCGGCUGCCGGGCGUGCCGUUGAGAGUGUCGCUCGCGGCGUCGUUCUGGUUCGGGGUGAGACUCUGCGGGAACCGAGGGGUGUCGACGUGUCAGAAUCUGAGAAGGGUGGAGGAGAUAUCGGGAGUGCCGGCGAAGCUGAUCCUGGCCGUUGAUGCGAAGCUCGGACGGGAACUGAGAGUGAGGAGAGCGAGGCCCGAGCUAGAGGAGGGCUGGGCGGAGUGUUGAUGAGUCUUAAGGUUUCACACUUGCGAGUGCAUUGCAGUAGAAGAAGUGUGAAGUGUCCAUUGUAGUAGAUGAUUAUUUUGAAUAGUCGAUAGAUUUGGGUUUCAACGGAGGAAAGAAAAAAAAAGAUUGAAUUAGCUUUGUAAUUCUACACCUUAUUGGUUUUUCAGUCUUUGCAAAAUUAUGGUCUAUGGAUC